UUGAGGCAGCGACUGCGAUAAAUCCCCUCGAUGGAAGGAAGAUCAGAGCCGAUGAUGGACUGGGCAGUGUUUACUACUUUUUGUAGUCUCUUCCUCUCCAGGGCGCUCAAGUUGCCGAACCAAGCCACGAUGCAACCAGUCAGCAUGCUCUCUCUACUGUGCACCUGUAGAAGUUAGAGAGAGUCCUCCUUGACAUACCGACUCUCCGCGAUCUUCUCAGGAAGUAGAGGCGCUGAUGAGCUUUCUUGACGAUUGCAUUAGUGUUCUCGGUCCAGGAAAGAUCUUCAGAGGCGUGCAAGUCCAGGAAUGGAGAACUCGCAUCAAGCAUUUAAUGGACGCUGCUCAGGGACAGCAACAGAGUUGUGGCACAAAUCCCUGGGAUCAGCCGUGGACAAUGACCUGUUGACGUACAGUAUUGCCCGCUGUGUGCAUGGCAAAUCACACUCCAGCACUUCUGACUUUCCAUUGAAAGUUUGACUAUAUAUAGUCGAGGGGAAUUUGAAAUCAGAAUCAUCUUUGGAAACCUCACCACACCGCACCGGCCCAGCUACGGUUUGACAACACUGAAGAAUCAACAUGGCCCAAACUAACCCUGCCGGCCUGUUCAAGAUCACUGUUUACGAUCAGGAGAACUUCCAGGGAAAAAGGAUGGAGUUUACAGCAUCGUGCAAGAACAUCAUGGAGUGUGGCUUUGACAAUGUCCGAUCCGUCAAAGUCGACUGUGGAGCGUGGGUUGGCUACGAGCAUUCCAGCUUCUUUGGGCAGCAGUUCAUCCUGGAGAAGGGGGAGUAUCCUCGUUGGGAUGCGUGGAGCGGAAGCAACGCCUACCACACCGAGAGGCUCAUGUCCUUCCGACCCAUCGGCUCUGCACACCAUAAAGAGUCCAAGAUCAUCAUCUUUGAGAAGGAGAACUUCAUUGGUCGCCAGUGGGAGAUGUGUGAUGACUACCCUUCUCUACAAGCCAUGGGCUGGUGCAACAAUGAAGUUGGAUCCAUGAAGAUCCAGGCUGGAGCGUGGGUGUGUUACCAGUACCCAGGUUACCGUGGCUUCCAGUACAUCAUGGAGUGCGAUCGCCAUGCCGGAGAGUACAAGCACUGGAGGGAGUGGGGCUCCCACGCCCAGACCUGCCAGAUCCAGUCACUCCGCCGUAUCCAGGAGUAAACCCCUCUCUCCAAUACCUCAGCACAGUCACCAAGACGAGCUGCAUCUCUCCAAUACACUGCCUGGCCGUCGCUGCUGCAGAAACGCUACCCGUGUACCGAGAUCGAUUCAACAUUGCAUUGCAACGUAACUUGGGUCAUUAAGAUAUUCAAAUAAAAGUCAUAAAAAUGUUUGUCUCAAA